AUGGAAGAUCUUGACGCUGUGCUUUUGGACGAUUUGCAGUCUAUUGGCGGUGUCAACUUGCCAUACAGGGCAUGGCACUACAUCAGUCCGCUCGAGCAGCAAACACCAGCGCCGCGAGUAUGGAUAUACGAAAUUGCAACAGGACCAAACACGCUGAUUUUUCCGGGGGAGCCACCCCGUGUUCGAGGUAUUGGGGGCAUAGUCUGGUCACAGGUGACACGUGUUACAGAACUCAGCCUAUCUCAUCCGAGCAUCAGAGACCAUGUGGAAGAUCUGACUGACGAUACUCCCUUGUAUCCGCCCUUUCUAAAUUCAGUUGAGUGGACGUGGAUGCAAAACCCCGACUAUGACAGAAGAUGGGAAACGUAUGGUGGCGUUCAGGGAAUACCUUUUACUUUCUUCUCUGAUCCCCCAAGAUCAGCUACUCCUCAGGAGGUUCGGGACGUCAUGACACUCGUGACGAGCAGCCAGCUGUUUCCUGACCAGGCAAGGCGGCAAGUAUUGCAAGAGUUGCUUGAUUGGAAUGUUGAAAGAGAGCCUCACCGCAAUUUUCCUCUACUUCGCCGCGGUCAACCUCCUAGGCUUGAUACUUCAGCACUGUCGCAGAUUGAUUGGUCAAAAGUGCAGAUCCCACCACAAAUACAGAUGGCCUUGUUAUCAGGGCUUGCGAAUGUCGCCCAAUGUGGCCAGGCGUUGCGGCUGUUUAAGAAUUUCUUCUUGGACGAGGGUCCAAAGAGGGAAAGAAGAGGGCAGAAGGGCGAUGCUUGCAACCAACUAGCUGAUUUUAUCAAGGACAACAAAGGCAACCGGAACAUCUCGCAACCGUUAUGCCAGAAGAUCAGGAAGAUAGAGCUUACCAUCGCCUUAUCUGACGAGUUGGCCGAAGGAAGUUGGGAUCAGAUUGGCGGAACUCUCGAAGGCCCAGCUGGCAAGGCUGAAUUUUUCUUCGCGGAGGCCCCAGACGCAGGGACCCAAAAGACUAUUGCCGUGGAUGUUAGAAAGUACUUUAAGUCAGAUGAGAUUAACCUUGACGGUAUUGAUACGAUGACUAUAAACGCGCAGGGGAUAUUUUCCAACUCAUGGAAUGCCUUGAGAAAUGACGAGUUCAAGAUCAAAGACAUUAUUAUCCGCGCAGAAUGUUCUGAUCCUACGUUUAAAGCCGAAAAUAACAAGUACGUUGGGAUCAAUACAGCGUACCAGCAUCCUGGCCGCGAAUCGCUUUUUGACUUCACCGGGCCUUACACAAAAAAGACUGUCGGCACAUUAAAGAUCAGACCCAGUGAUUGGUCUUUUAAUCCUCCUUGUACUGUCAUCAAGGACCUGACCUAUCACUUCAUGCUAGCAGAUGAAUUAGGUGGCGGAACUUAUGACAGCAUUUACUUUACUCUUGGACAAGGCAAAAAAGUUGCCCUUGGCAGUGACUUGGGUCGAGGUUUCUCUAAGAAGGACGCCAUCAACCUACAAGCGAUAUUUGGCUCAAAAACCUUGGACCUUCGCGACCUUGGUAGCGUCACGUUAUGGGACGACUCUAGUGAAAUCCCGUUCUUUAACAGUGACGAAUGGUAUUUCAAAGGCAUAACAUUCUCAGCAACCUGCACAGAUGUCUCCAAGACUGUGGAAAUGAGGAAGUUUGAGUCGGUCUACGCAAGACUCCAACGUCGAGACAACGCAGUGGUUUGGUCUGGCGACGUCAGCCCAAAUGACUGGCUAGGAGUAGCCUGA